ACUUUGUUAGUGAGGCGAUGACACCCUCCCUCUGACGAGGGAUAAGAAGCUGCGCCACUGAAGUUGAAGUGAAGCACGAAGCUCCUUUUCUACACAGACCUGCUGAGGACAGAAGAGAGCUGCACUCUGAUGAAGUCCAUGGCUAAAAGCAGGUUGUUGUGAAGGACUCUGCUAUGAGUCAGUGUGAGGACAGAGAGGAGGGAGUCCCGCCCUCUAAAACCACUCUGUGUGGGGAACAUGACAGCCGGACCAAAGCUCAGAGGAUCCAUCAGAGACCAGACUGUCCUGAACCUGAACCUGAACCUGGACCUGAACCUGGACCCAGCUGUGUGUCCAUGAAGAGUGACUGGUCUAUGGAUCGUCCUAUAAACCUCAAAGAUGGACGCCACCCUGUUGAUCAAAGUUCACAGAGAGAAAAGUCUCCUGAACCCAGCUGUGUGUCCUUGAAGAGGUAUCGGUCUAAAGACGAUGUGAAUAACUUCGGAGAUGCACGAGAUUCUUAUGACCCAGAAGAGGACCAGGAGAGCUCAGAGGUUCGCAGAGGUGUGUUUUCCCAGCAGCAUCAAACACACCUGGACUCCAUAUUUAUGCUGCUGGAGGAGAACAUCCUCACUUUUGUGAAGAACGAGCUGAAGAAGAUCCAGAAGGUUGUGAGUUCAGAUUACCCAGAAUGCUUUGACAGUCAGAGGGAGGAUGAGGAGGGGCUGGACGGUGAGGAUGAAGAGCAGAGGAGGAGCAGCAGAGAAGCAUUUCUGAAGAUCUCACUGCACUUCCUGAGGAGGAUAAAGCAGGAGGAGCUGGCUGACUGUCUGCAGAACAGACUUCUUGCUGCAGUUUGUCAGCGUGAACUCAAAUGUAACCUGAAGAAGAAGUUCCAGUGUGUGUUUGAGGGGACCUCUAAAUCAGGAAACCCAACCCCCCUGAACCAGAUCUUCACAGAGCUCUACAUCACAGAGGGAGGGACUGCAGAGGUCAAUAAGGACCAUGAGGUCAGACAGAUUGAAAUAGCAUCCAGGAAACCACACAGACCAGAAACCACCAUCAGACAAGAAGACCUCUUCAAAGCCUCGUCUGGAAGGGAGGAACCAAUCAGAACAGUGAUGACAAGGGGAGUGGCUGGCAUUGGGAAAACAGUCUUAACACAGAAGUUCACUCUGGACUGGGCUGAAGACAAAGCCAACCAGGACAUCCAGUUCACGUUUCCAUUCACGUUCAGAGAGCUGAAUGUGCUGAAAGAGAAGAAGUUCAGCUUGGUGCAACUUGUUAAUCACUUCUACACAGAAACCAAAGAAGCAGGAAUCUGCAGGUUUGAAGAGUUCCCGGUUGUGUUCAUCUUUGACGGUCUGGAUGAGUGUCGACUUCCUCUGGACUUCCACAACAAUGAGGUCCUGACUGAUGUUACAGAGUCCACCUCAGUGGAUGUGCUGCUGACAAACCUCAUCAAGGGGAAACUGCUUCCCUCUGCUCGGCUCUGGAUAACCACACGACCUGCAGCAGCCAAUCAGAUCCCUCUGGACUGUGUUGACUUGGUCACAGAGGUCAGAGGGUUCACUGACCCACAGAAGGAGGACUACUUCACAAAGAAGUUCAGAGAGGAACAGGUCAGCAGGAUCAUCUCCCACAUCAAGGCCUCCCGAAGCCUCCACAUCAUGUGCCACAUCCCAGUGUUCUGCUGGAUCACUGCUACAGUUCUGGAGGACGUGUUGAAUACCACAGAGGGAGGAAAGCUGCCCAAGACCCUGACCGAGAUGUACAUCCACUUCCUGGUGGUUCAGUCCAAAGUGAAGAAGGUCAAGUUUUAUGGAGGAGCUGAAACGGAUCCACACUGGAAUCCAAAGAGCAGGAAGAUGACGAAGUCUCUGGGAAAACUGGCUUUUGAUCAGCUGCAGAAAGGGAACCUGAUAUUCUAUGAAUCCGACCUGGCAGAGUGUGGCAUCGAUAUCAGAACAGCCUCAGUAUACUCAGGAGUGUUAACACAGAUCUUCAGAGAGGAGAGAGGACUGUACCAGGACCAGGUGUUCUGCUUCGUCCAUCUGAGUGUUCAGGAGUUUCUGGCUGCUCUUCAUGUCCAUCUGACCUCCAUCAACUCUGGUGUCAACCUGAUGUCAGAAGAACAAAAAACCUCCCUGUUGUCUAAAGUAUUUAGAGACAACCCUAAACCAAGACAUCUCUACCCGAGUGCUGUGGACAAGGCCUUACAGAGUCCAAAUGGACACCUGGACUUGUUCCUCCGCUUCCUCCUGGGUCUUUCACUGGAGACCAAUCAGACUCUCCUACGAGGUCUGCUGACACAGACAGGAAGUAGCCCACAGACCAAUCAGAGAACAGUCCAGUACAUCAAGAAGAAGAUCAGUGAGAAUGUGUCUCCAGAGAAAAGCAUCAAUCUGUUCCACUGUCUGAAUGAACUGAAUGAUGGUUCUCUGGUGGAGGAGAUCCAACAGUCCCUGAGAUCAGGAGGUCUCUCCACCGAUGAACUGUCUCCUGCUCAGUGGUCGGCUCUGGUCUUCAUCUUACUGUCAUCAGAAGAAGAUCUGGAGGUGUUUGACCUGAAGAAAUACUCUGCUUCAGAGGAGGCUCUUCUCAGGCUGCUGCCAGUGGUCAAAGCCUCCAACAAAGCUCUACUGAGUGGCUGUAACCUAUCAGAGAGAAGCUGUGAAGCUCUGUCCUCAGUCCUCAGCUCCAAGUCCUCUAGUCUGAGAGAGCUGGACCUGAGUAACAACAACCUGCGGGAUUCAGGACUGAAGCUGCUGUCUGCUGGACUGGAGAGUCCACACGGGAGACUGGAAACUCUCAGACUGAGUGGCUGUAACCUAUCAGAGAGAAGCUGUGAAGCUCUGUCCUCAGUCCUCAGCUCCAAGUCCUCUAGUCUGAGAGAGCUGGACCUGAGUAACAACAACCUGCGGGAUUCAGGACUGAAGCUGCUGUCUGCUGGACUGGAGAGUCCACACUGGAGACUGGAAACUCUCAGACUGAGUGGCUGUAACCUAUCAGAGAGAAGCUGUGAAGCUCUGUCCUCAGUCCUCAGCUCCCAGUCCUCUAGUCUGAGAGAGCUGGACCUGAGUAACAACGACCUGCGGGAUUCAGGACUGAAGCUGCUGUCUGCUGGACUGGAGAGUCCACACUGGAGACUGGAAACUCUCAGGCUGUCAGGCUGUCUGAUCACGGAGGAAGGCUUUGCUUCUCUGGCCUCAGCUCUGAGCUCCAAUCCCUCCCAUCUGAGAGAGCUGGACCUGAGCUACAAUCAUCCAGGAGACUCGGGGGUGAAGCUGCUGUCUGCUGGACUGGAGGAUCCACAAUGGAGACUGGAAACUCUCAGGGUGGAGCCUGCUGGAGUCCGAUGGUUCACACCAGGUCUGAGGAAGUAUUCCUGUGAACUCAAACUCGACACAAACACAGUAAACAGAAAGCUCAAACUGUCUGACAGCAACCGGGAGGUGACAGGUGUGAGAGAGGAUCAGUCAUAUCCUGAUCACCCAGACAGGUUUGACUACUGGCCUCAGCUGCUGUGUACAACUGGUCUGACUGGUCGCUGUUACUGGGAGGUCGAGUGGAGAGGAGACGUUUAUAUAUCAGUGAGUUACAGAGGAAUCAGUAGGAGAGGGGCCAGUGAAGACUGUUGGUUUGGAAGGAAUGAUCAGUCCUGGAGUCUGAUAUGCUCCGAUGGUGGUUACUCCGUCUGUCACAAUAAGACCGUAACAUCCUCCUCCUCCUCCUCCUCCUCCGGUAGAGUAGCAGUGUAUGUGGACUGUCCUGCUGGCUCUCUGUCCUUCUACAGAGUCUCUUCUGACAAACUGAUCCACCUCCACACCUUCAACACCACAUUCACUGAACCUCUUUAUCCUGGGUUGGGGGUCUGGUCCUGGUCUGGUUCCUCAUUGUCUCUGUGUUCUCUGUAGGAGGGAGAGUCUCCUCCUGGUAGAGAAACUUUCUCUCUGCUGUCCAGAUAGUUCAGUCUGUACAGGAUCACACACAGCUGAUGUUAGUUAGUACCAACCAGAUCUGUCAGGUGAGGGGUACCUGUGCUGGUCUGGACUCUGGGGGUUUGGGAGCUCUUUGGGACUUGUGGUGUUGCAGAUGGAUGUUCAUGUAAUUACCUGAAAUGAUCUGUUGUCUGAGAGAAGCUGUGAAACAUGUUUUACUUUGUGUAUAAAACUGAACUUUGUUGUCUUGAAACAUUUGUUUGUGUGAAGAAAAAACAACAAAUUUUUAAAGGAGAGUCUUUCUGGAUCAAAUUUAGCAUCUGUGGAAAAAUAAUUGUUGUUUUGAUUUGAACAAACUAAAUUCAUCAUUCAACAAACUUUGAUAAGUGACGUUGAGAUAAAAAAAAAAAAAUCAGUGAUUUUCAUUCAUGUAUUAAUGUGGGAUCAUAUAGCUUUAUAAUCCCGAAUGGUUUAGAUGAGUAAAUGAGAUAAUCUUAGUUUAACAUACUUUGGUCAGCGUAUAAAAUGUAAUAAGUUGACUUUACUUGAAGAAAGUCAGGAAACCGAUUGCCUCAACAUUUCUAAGUAAAGUAGCUCAAUAAUUUUAAGUUCUUAAAGCUGAAAAAAACUUUAGUUUAGGCAACUCAUGUAAUUCAAGUAAACAUUAAUAUAGUUAACUCAAAAUUAUUAAUUAGGUUAACUAUAAAAUGUAAAUUCAGACAACUCAAGGAUCACGUGUGCAUGUUCCUCACCAUGUUGUAUGUCGUAAUUUAAGUUCCAGUUAAAUACAUUUUUGUAGACUAUGGCGCAAUUAUGUGGAACUUAUUUUUUUUUUUUUUAUCCUUGUAUAUAUUAUUGGGUUAAUAAAAUCCAUAUUAUUUGCACCUUUACCUGCUCUCCCAGUUCUGUGUACUCUGGUCCUUCACAA